AUGAGCACAGGUCAGGUCUUGUACGAGCCUAUUGAGAGCGUGGAACGGAUGGAAUAUUAUCAGGAGGGUGGCUAUCAUCCUGUGGAAAUUGGCGACCGCUUUCACGGUCGCUACCGUGUCGUUCACAAACUCGGUCACGGCACAUACUCCACAAUCUGGCUAGCUCGGGACGAGAUAUCUAACCGAUAUGUUGCCGUUAAGAUUUGCACGGCGGAUUCGGACCCUCUUGAGACCGAUACACUGUCCGAGCUAUCAGAGCCUCUAAAGUCAUCAGAUAUAGGCACAACGAUGAUACCUUCUAUGUUGGAUCGAUUCAACAUCCAAGGCCCUAACGGUAACCACGCCUGCCUGGUGACAAGCCCGGCAAGAAUGAGCUUAUCUGAGGCAAAGAAUGGAUCAUGGAUAGGCCUUUUUCAGAUUGAUGUGGCUCGUGCGUUGGCGGCACAGCUCGCGACGGUGAUUCGGUAUAUGCAUUCAGAAGGCUUUGUUCAUGGAGACCUUCAUCGUGGAAACAUCCUCCUCCAACCCCAAUCUAACUUCGAUAAGUUAUCUACUAAGGAGCUAUAUGAGCUGUAUGGAGAGCCGGAACUUGAGCCAGUCAAUCGAUUAGAUGGCCAAACGCCUCCGCCAGGAGUCCCAAAAUAUGGCGUCGUACCUAUCUGGCUUGGUGAAUCAAGUGAAAAAGUAACACUCCCAGAAGCCAGGAUCAUUCUUGCAGAUUUUGGCCAGACAUUCUCUCCAACACGAGAGAAGAGAUUUGAGUCGCAUACACCCCUUUUAAUAAGACCCCCCGAAGCUCGAUUUGAGCCGACAAUGCCGCUCACUUUCUCAUCUGAUAUCUGGACGCUUGCAUGUACUAUCUGGGACAUCGUCGCCCAACGGUCCCUAUUCGAAGGCUUCCUCACAAACGAAGAUGACAUGACUUGCCAGCAAAUCGCAGCACUGGGCCCGCUCCCGACUGAAUGGUGGGAAAAAUGGGAGGGCCGUGGAAACCACUUCACUGACGACGGCGAGCCAAAUAACCGAGUUACAUCCCAGUAUAGGUCCUUAGAGGAUGCGUUCGAAUUAAAUAUCCAGCAACCGCGGAGUCAGGCGGGGAUGCCGCCACUUGGAUUAAGUGAGCGAGAUGCUCUCUUCGCGAUGUUGCGUCCAAUGCUUUCUUUCAAGCCUGAGAAUCGCUCGUCUGCUCAGCAGGUUCUUGAAUCGGAAUGGAUGGUGAAAUGGGCUAUUCCCGAGUAUGAGAGGAUCCGGAGCUCACAGGACAGCUAUAGUGGUCGCAAUUUUACAUAG